GCAAAACAGCGAGAAGUGCAACCAAAACUGUUUAGCCGUUUAGCCAUGAAUGGCAGCAAUGGCGCGCACAAAGCCACAAUUGCGAUGGAAGGCGGGCCAAUCAACCAAGUUUGGCUUGCUGAGCUCGCUGCAAAAGGUGGCACCAAUGCGAAAGCAUGCUUAAGUGAAGUCGCUAAGGCCAUUGGCCACCCACUGACCUCAAGUGAGGUGGCCCAAGCCUUGGACAAGAAGCUGAGUGCACUGCCUUCCAAUCAGCGCAGUCAGUUUUUGGUACCACGAAAUGCAGGCUUGCCAGAGACGGACCCAUCACUGGCACCGCCAGAUGAAGAGUGCACCUACUUGGUCGGGAAUUCCUUGGGCUUGCAGCCCAGUCGGACUAAGGAGCUCGUUUGUGAGGAGCUGGAUAAGUGGGCAUCGCUUGGGGUGAAUGGCCACUUCACCGGGACACGACCCUGGGUGCCCAUUGAUGAGAAUGUCAUUGAGCAAAGUGCUGCAAUUGUUGGCGCGGAAAAAUCAGAGGUAGCUGUCAUGAACAGCCUCACCGUUAAUUUGCACUUGCUUUUCGUAUCCUUCUACAGGCCACAUGGCAAGCGCAACAAGAUCAUGUAUGAGGCCAGUGCCUUUGGCUCCGACUAUUUUGCUUUCGAAUCACAGGCACGGCUUCAUGGGCUAGACCCAAAGGAGGUACUCUUGCCAGUCAAGGCUCGUGCGGGGGAGGAAUUGCUGCGCACAGAGGACAUCGUGGCCGCAAUCCAAGCCGCUGGAGAUUGCCUUGCAGCUGUUUGCUUUGGCACCGUGCAGUACUAUACGGGUCAGUUCUUUGACGUGUCCAGCAUCACCAAAGCAGCUCAUGAUGUUGGAGCAACUGCCAUGUGGGAUUGUGCCCAUGCAGUUGGCAAUGUGGACUUGAAGUUGCAUGACUGGGAAGUUGACGGAGCAUGCUGGUGCAACUACAAAUACUUGAACUCCGGUCCUGGUGCAAUCGGUGGUUUCUUUGUCCACAAGAAGCACCAUGACAAAGGCUUACCUUUACUGGCAGGAUGGUGGGGCCAAAAGCAAUCCACGCGCUUCAACACGGAGCACAACUGGGAUCCAGAGGUCGAUGCUGGAGCAUGGCGCUUGUCAAACCCACCAGUCUUGCAGACAGUGUCGCUGCUUGCAAGCCUUGAAGUUUUCUCCAGGACCACGAUGGCAGAGCUACGUGGAAAGUCAAUGCUUUUGACAGCAUACUUGGAGAUGCUCUUGGAGGACUUGUUUGGCUCAGAUUUGAGCGUCAUCACUCCCUCCGCUCCUGCUGCGCGGGGCUGCCAACUGAGCCUCAAGUUUGCGCAGGAGAGAGCUUGUUUGGCAACCUUCUCCGCGUUGGAGAAGCGUGGCAUUGUGGUUGAUCACCGGAAGCCCAACGUGAUUCGCGUGGCACCAGCUCCACUCUACAAUACCUUUCGGGAUGUGCAGCGGUUUUGCUUCGCAUUCAGAGAAGCUCUAAACGAGGCAAAUGGGGAGCCUGCGCACAAACGCCCAAAGGUUUGACAUUGAUACUCUACGCUAUGGCUGCAAAGACUGCGGAAGGGAUUGCAACCUGCCUAUGGAGGCCAGCAGCUUGCGCUACAGCUCGAAAAAGGUGUCCCACGGAACUGGGAGAGGUUGAGGACGAUGAGGUCGUUUUCUGUAGACACGAAGUGACACGCAUGGAAUACAUGGCGCUCAGCUUGUCAAGUCCAG